AUGGCUCGGAGCACCCCGAGAAAAGGAGAACUCUUAAAUGCCUCAGAGUUUGGGCUAGAAUCUGCUCUGUGCUGUUGUAUUUCUGCGCGAAGUGGGCACCGGAAAUCAGAGCUCGUUGUGAAGAGAGAAAGGUUUGAAGCCUUUGGGCCGGUUAACGGUUUGUAUCAACGAGUUUAUUUUUCCGCUGAAUCAUUGGGAUAUGCGGUUGCUAGGGAGGUUUGCGUGAGGUCAAGGAGGCAUCUGAAGCAACUUUUUAGAGAACGGAAAGCAUAUGGCUGGCUUAUCUGGCUGAGUCCUGCGAACGAGGAGCAGACACCCAGUCAGGUAACAAGGCAUACAAAGGAGUGA